GGUGGUAAAGGAGGAGAUUUCAGACGACAAUGCAAAGUUACCUUGCUUCAAUGGAAGAGUGGUGUCCUGGCUGGUCCUGGCUGAAAGCUCCCACUCUGACACAGGCUCCCAGUGCACCGAGAGCCACACAGACCUUCCGCCACCCCUCGAGAGAACAGGCGGCAUUGGAGACUCCCGGCCUCCAUCAUUCCACCCAAAUGCUGCCAGCAGCCGGGAUGGCCUGGACAAUGAAACAGGAACAGAGUCAGUUAUUAGCCACCGGCGAGACAGACAUCGACGGAGAAAUAGGGAAGGGCACGAGGAUGUGCCUCGGAUCAAUGGCCAUCCAAAACUGGACAGACACCGUGAGCACCCUCCUGGUUAUGACAGCUCUUCUACCAUGAUGAGUAGCGAGCUGGAAUCCAGCAGCUUCAUUGACUCUGAUGAUGACGACAACACAAGCAGGUUGAGUAGCUCCACCGAGCAAAGCACUUCAUCCCGGCUCAUCCGGAAGCACAAACGCAGGAGGAGGAAACAAAGGAUGCGGCAGAUUGACAGGUCGUCUUCGUUCAGCAGCAUCACAGAUUCUACCAUGUCCCUAAAUAUCAUCACUGUCACACUCAACAUGGAAAAGUAUAACUUCCUGGGAAUCAGCAUUGUAGGACAGAGCAAUGACCGGGGUGAUGGUGGCAUAUACAUUGGCUCUAUUAUGAAAGGAGGGGCUGUGGCAGCAGAUGGCCGAAUUGAACCAGGAGACAUGCUUCUGCAGGUGAAUGAUGUCAAUUUUGAGAACAUGAGCAAUGAUGAUGCAGUACGGGUUUUACGGGAAAUAGUCUCCAAACCAGGACCUAUCAGCCUAACAGUAGCCAAAUGCUGGGACCCUACUCCCAGGAGUUAUUUUACCAUCCCCAGGGCUGAACCAGUGAGGCCAAUCGACCCUGCAGCGUGGAUCUCUCAUACCACAGCCAUGACGGGAGCGUACCCCCGUUACGGUAUGAGCCCCUCCAUGAGCAUCACCACAUCUACCAGCUCCUCACUAACAAGCUCAAUUCCCGAUUCGGAAAAAUUAGAAGAAUCUCCCUUAACUGUGAAGAGUGACAUGGCUACUAUUGUCAAGGUUAUGCAGCUACCAGACUCAGGCCUGGAAAUUCGGGACAGGAUGUGGUUAAAAAUUACCAUCUCCAAUGCAGUGAUAGGAGCAGAUGUGGUUGACUGGCUUUACACACACGUGGAAGGCUUCAAAGACCGACGAGAGGCUAGAAAAUACGCCAGCAGCAUGUUAAAACAUGGCUACCUCAGGCACACUGUGAACAAAAUCACCUUCUCGGAACAGUGCUAUUAUGUCUUUGGAGACCUCUGUGGCAAUAUGGCUGCACUGAACCUUAACAAUGGUUCUAGCGGAGCCUCGGAUCAGGAUACCAUUGCUCCUCUUCCACAUCCUGCUGCUCCCUGGCCGUUAGGCCAAGGAUACCCAUACCAGUAUCCUCUGCCCCCUCCGUGUUUUCCACCAGCGUACCAAGACCCAAGCUUUAGCUACGGUAGCGGCAGCGCAGGGAGCCAGCAAAGUGAAGGAAGCAAAAGCAGCGGCUCGAACCGAAGCAACAGCGAGAACAGCAGGAGAGCUCUUGGCAGAGAGAAGGAC